UCGUUGUAUUCAAAUGAGAGUCGACCAACUAAGAUGGUUUUCUUAGGCGCGUCAUGGAGUUUCUAAUUAAACGCGAUUCAUUUAGUUUUCACUACCUUCUUUAAUGUCUUCUUUUUUGUGAUAUCGUUCUUCGUUAUGUUUUUCAAACCCUUAUCUUAUUAACAUAACUACUGCGCACAAUGCUGAACUUCUAAAACUUUAACCGUGAAACAAUUCAAACAGUGAACUUCUGUCAUGAACAAAUUGCAAGGGUAGAGCAGCAACUGAUGUUAGAAAUGUUUAAUUAGCAUGAGUUGCCAAUGUGUGGCUUAUCAUUCCUUAAAUGGCCAAAUGGUGAAUUUAUGGCUACGUGGACCACAGCCCUGUUCUUCUCAAGUCCUUGCCCGUGAUGUCCAUUUGAGCAUUUCAUGGGCAGCAACCUUUGAUGAAGCAUUGGAGAUUUUAAGCUGUUCGUUAGGGAGGAUACUAAGGAUCAACUUACAUGACCAUGGCGGAAUUCUUCAUAAUCCUGCCGCAGGGUCCAAACUGCUGGAUGGGGCUAGGUGCGUUCAGCGAUCUCGUCCUCCUGUUGAUUUAAACAAAUGAAGAGAAUAAAUAAACAGGUUGCUCAUUUUCAUUUUGAAUUUGGCGCUAACCAACGACAUCUGUUGACCGAAGCGCUAAUUGUUUUUCCAAAAUUUGUCGGCUGCUAAAUUCAAGUCUUUCCAUCUCCAAGACUCCAACUUGGCACGUGUAAUCAAUACUCGUCACGUGUAGUCAAUAUUCAUGCAUUUGUUUGAAAUUGUAACGUGACAUUGUGACAAUUUCUGAAAUGAAAUUUACUGUAUCUUUGGUGGCAAAAUCCAGUGCAAGGCUUGGCUCGCUGUCAGAAUUUACACGGAUUCCAGAAGCUGUGUUAGAAACGCCUUUGCUUUUGCUACACACCCGUGGUGCCGCCGUCCCUCAUCUUAGCUAUGAUCUCAUGCAAAUGGUUUCUACUGAGAAUCACAUUUUACAAAUGCCUCUUGUAACAUUAGUUGAUCAUACAAAAAAUGUGAAAGCAUUUGGAAAGGGAAUAGCUGAAUUUGCAGGUUUAAAGGAAUACCUAAAUUAUGUCUCUGUUCAAGAUUCUGGUACCACAACACCUGAAGGCUAUCAUGAAAAAAAUUCCAUUUCUUUGUGGACAAGAGGUGGAAGGAAGCUUAUUGAUCCCCAAACUUACAUAACUUGUAUUGAAGCACUAAAGCCAGAUAUGUUUCAAGCAAUUGUAGAUGGGGACACAACCUCAAACAGUUCUGUCAAAAGGGUGAGAAGGUCUGUUGAUGAUACAGUGAAGUUUGCUGGCAUAUGUGCUGAUUUGAAAGAAAAAUCAGAGGUCCUAAAAGACACCCCUAUGCUGGCUUGCAUUACCGGGGGCUACAAUAUUAAGGAGAGGUUACGCUGCAUAACCGAGUUGAAAGGGCUUGGCGUUGCUGGUUAUGUUCUAGAAGGCUUCCAUACGAAUGGUGAAUCAGCGACGAACUUGAGCUGGGAAGAUCUGGAACCUGUACUAACAGAAACUCUUGGAUCACUACCGGAUAAUCUCCCUCGUGCAUUCCAUGGACCCGUCACACCCAUAAUUUUACUGAAGCUCGUAUCGAAAGGUAUUGAUAUUUUUGAUGCGACAUUCCCGUGGCUUGUUGCUGAAAGAGCAGGUGCCCUUAUUUUUCCCAAUACGCUACCGAAAGGAAAAGCUCCGAUUACUGAAACGUUGCCAAGCGUAAAAUCCCCAGCCCUAAUAGCUCAAAACGAAAGGGAUGGCUCGCUGGGUAACGAGAAUAACAAGGACGAGCUCGUAGACCGAGUCUUCGAGAUUAAUUUAAAGGAUAAAUUAUAUUUCAAUGAUACGAGGCCACUAGUAGAAGACUGUUCAUGUUAUUGCUGCCGCAAGUAUUCGCGAAGUUACGUUCACCAUCUCAGUGCAACGAGUGAAUUACAGGGCCCAAUUCUGCUUAUGAUGCACAAUCUUCAUCACUAUAUUAACUUUUUCCGAAGCAUUCAUCUGGCUAUACGAGAAGAUCAGUUACAAGCUCUUCAUUCUACACUGGAACAGUUUGUUACUUCCCGAAGAUCAGGAAAACUAGACGAUUAGUUUUAAAGUUCGCUCGUUAUCUGCAUUAGAUGAAAUGCCAACACAUUUUUAGUUUUUGUAAAAAUGAUUAGCCUUCAUCGCACUGACGAUUGAACAAGGAAAAAUGGAUGGA